AUUGUGGUUGAAUGGAAUCUUUACUAAAAAAAAAAAGAGAAGCGUAGCGUUGAGAACGAUUAUUUUUUUCAAUUACUCUUCGCAACAGUGCUAUAGCACCUGCAUCUUGUGCGAUAAUAUCAUACCUUUUCAAUUAGCAAAUACAUUCGGAAUCAGUUCGUUUUUCUCUUAUUCGUCUUGCAUUUAAUGGCUACAGAUAUGUCUAAGGGAUAUGAAAUCCCUUUUAAGGAAAAGCUCAAGUGCAGCAUAUGUCGGGAUCGUAUCAAGGAUGCCAGAAGUCUUCCUUGUGGACACACCUACUGCAGUGAUUGUCUCAAAAGGUCUGCUGAUGCGACCUACCCUCGAGGAAGCAUCGAUUGUUCAGAAUGCAAGAAGAAAUUCCAGUUGGACUACUCUGGUGCUGAAGGUCUCCCGCGCUGUUUCGCCACCAAUAUCCUCGUGGAGGAUAUCAACGAGACAUUUGGUGGAGUUGGUGGCGCCACAGCCAGCAGCAGGGGAGGCAGUACUACAAGCAGCGGAGGGGAUGACCAACUGUCCUUGGGGAAACAUCGUUUUGAAGUAGAGAAAAUCUUCUCAUGCCCAAUCUGUUUGGAUCUGAUGAGGGACGCCCGGUAUCUACCCUGCGGACACUCCUAUUGCCGGGAAUGCCUGAAGCAGUGCCUGGAGGUGCGUUCUCGAAGAUCAAAUGGUAUUGCGUGCGGUAAAUGUCAGAAGGACCACAGACUACCGGAUGGAGGAAUCGACGCCCUCCCCGUCGCUUACCGCAUCAACAACAUUGUGGCCGAGAUCAGGUCAAAUGAUACAGGAGGAGAUGUUCCAAAGGCGAGUUCUUCUUCUAAGACAAGUCACUACAAAAAUUCCCAACCUUGUCAUUCAUCGGACACGAGAUCGAGGCCCGAUGUGGAGGACGUUGACGAAGCAAAGAAAAUGGCACAGGCCCAGGUCGGCAACCACUCUCACCAAUCACCAGGCACAAGGUCGAGGCCCGACAUGGAGGACGUUGAAGAAGCAAAGAAAAGGGCCCAGACCCAGGCCAGCACCAACUGUAGUCGUCAACAACCAGGCACCAAAUCGGAGCCCACGAUGGGGGCCCAAGCCGGUUAUACACGAGUCCGUACCCCAUACAGCUACCGCCCCGGCACUACAUACACGACGACCACCACGCCCAGAUCGGACCCGACUAUCGAGAUCAUGGUUAGGGACUUCAACGGCAAGACGCACAUCGUCAGGGUCAGGCCGACGGACACGGUCAAAUACCUCAAGAGCAAGAUUGAAGAGAAGGUGAAGGUCUCCCCUUCUCAGCAGCAGUUGACUUUCCAAGGGAAAACCCUCAUGAAUGACGCAAAAGUGUCAUCAUGUGGACUCCAGAAUUUGAGUACCGUGCAGAUGCAGGGUCGACUUAUGGGCGGUAAAGAUUACAUGCAUCGGGCUGGUUUCGUCUGAGAUGACGACGACGAAGAUGGGAGACACAUGAGAAAAAUUGAAGGUGCCGGGGGUACAUAAUACAUGUAAUGAGGUAAAAAAAAAAGAUUUGAUGGUCUUCAUGAAGAUUGAAAUGUA